GGGACCCUGGCGGCUUCACCAGCAGCUAAUCCAGUGCUGUGGAGUGUUUUACUGCCUGGAAAGCUUGGGAGGCCUGAGCUCUACCGCUUUCCAAAAGAGGAACCCAGAGGUCUUUCAACAAAUAUCAAAGCCAUGGCUCAGGAGUCAGUGAUGUUCAGUGAUGUAUCCAUAGACUUCUCUCAGGAGGAGUGGGAAUGCCUGACUGAUGAUCAGAGACAUUUAUACAGAGAUGUGAUGUUGGAGAAUUACAGCAACCUGGUUUCAAUGGGACAUUCCAUUUCUAAACCAAAUGUGAUCUCCUACUUGGAGCAAGGAAAGGAGCCCUGGUUGGUUGACAGAGAGCGGACAAGAGGCCAAUGGCCAGUCCUGGAAUCAACAURUGAGACCAAGAAGUUAUUUCUGAAGAAAGAAAUUUAUGAAAUAGAAUCAGCCCAGUGGGAGAUAAUGGGAAGAUUGACAAGACAUGACCUUCAGUGCUCUAGUCUCACAGAUGAUUGGGAUUGUAAUGGCCAAUUUGAGAAACAACAUGGCUCUCAGGACAGGCACUUCAGUGAACUGAUAAUCACCCAUGAAGAUGUGCCCACUUUUAGUCAACACCCAUCCUUUACAUUACAGCAACUUAUURAUAAUAAAGAAAAAUACUGUGCAACAAAAGAAUAUAGAAAAAAUGUUAGACAUGACUCUGAAUUUACUACACAUCAAAUAAUUCAUACCAUUGAGAAACCCCAUGAGUGUAAGGAGUGUGGCAAGGCCUUUAGACAUCCCUCAAGACUUGCUCAUCAUCAGAAAAUUCACACUGGCAAGAAGCCCUUUGAAUGUAAAGAAUGUGGGAAAACAUUUAUUUGUGGCUCAGACCUUACUCGACAUGACAGGAUUCACACUGGUGAGAAACCCUAUGAAUGUAAGGAAUGUGGAAAGGCUUUUAGUAGUGGUUCCAACUUUACUCGACAUCACAGAAUUCACACUGGAGAGAAGCCUUAUGAAUGUAAAGAAUGUGGGAAAGCCUUUAGCAGUAGUUCAAACUUUACCCAGCAUCAGAGAAUUCACACCGGAGAGAAACCUUAUGAAUGUAAGGAAUGUGGCAAUGCCUUUAGUCAGAGUUCACAACUUAUUAAACAUCAAAGAAUCCACACAGGUGAGAAACCCUAUGAAUGUAAAGAAUGUGAAAAAGCUUUUCGUUCUGGAUCUGACCUUACUCGACAUCAGAGAAUUCAUACUGGUGAGAAACCCUAUGAAUGUAAGAUUUGUGGGAAAGCCUACUCGCAGAGUUCACAACUUAUUAGUCAUCACAGAAUUCAUGCUGUGGAGAAACCCUAUGAAUGUAAGGAAUGUGGGAAGGCUUUUAAAGUACGACAGCAACUUACUUUUCAUCACAGAAUUCAUACUGGUGAAAAACCCUAUGAAUGUAAGGAAUGUGGGAUGACCUUUAGACAAACUGCACACCUCACUAGACAUCAGAGACUUCAUUCUGGAGAAAAACUCUAUGAAUGCAAGGAUUGUGGGGAAGCUUUCAUGUGUGGCCCAGAUCUUCGAGUACAUCAGAAAAUUCAUAUUGGUGAGAAGCCCUAUGAAUGUAAAGAAUGUGGGAAAGCCUUCAGAGUUCGAGGACAACUUACUCUCCAUCAGAGGAUUCAUACUGGUGAGAAACCCUAUGUAUGUAAAGAAUGUGGGAAGGCCUUUAGACAGUAUGCACACCUUACUCGACAUCAAAAGCUUAAUAUUGCUGACAGACUGUAUGAAUGUAAAGAAUGUGGGAAGGACUUUUUGUGUGGUUCUGGACUUAGAGUACAUCACAAACUUCAUACUGGUGAGAAACCCUAUGAAUGUAAGGAAUGUGGGAAGGCUUUUAGAGUGAGACAGCAACUAACACUCCAUCAGAGAAUUCAUACUGGUGAGAAACCCUWUGAGUGUAAGGAAUGUGGAAAAACCUUUAGUCGUGGUUAUCAUCUUAUUCUCCAUCAUAGAAUUCAUACUGGUGAAAAACCUUACGAAUGUAAGGAAUGCUGGAAGGCCUUUAGUCGUUACUCACAACUUAUUUCACAUCAGAGUAUUCAUAUUGGUGUUAAACCCUAUGAUUGUAAGGAAUGUGGAAAAGCCUUUAGACUACUUUCACAACUUACACAACAUCAGAGUAUUCAUAUUGGUGAGAAACCCUAUAAAUGUAAGGAAUGUGGGAAAGCCUUUAGAUUGCGCCAAAAACUUACUCUACAUCAAAGCAUUCACACUGGUGAAAAACCCUUUGAGUGUAAGGAAUGUAGGAAGGCCUUUAGACUCAAUUCAUCUCUUAUCCAACAUUUGAGAAUUCAUUCUGGUGAGAAACCCUAUGAAUGUAAAGAAUGUAAGAAGGCCUUUAGACAACAUUCACACCUUACCCAUCAUCUGAAAAUUCAUAAUUAUCAGAGAAUUCAUAAUGGAGAAAAAUUAUAUGAAUGUAAGGAGUGUAGGAAGACCUUUAUUCGUCGCUCAACACUUAGUCAACACCUACGAAUUCAUACUGGUGAGAAACCUUAUAAAUGUAAAGAAUGUGGACAGGCCUUUAGACAACGUGCACACCUUAUUCGACAUCACAAACUUCAUACUGGUGAGAAACCCUAUGAGUGUAAGGAAUGUGGGAAGGCCUUUACUGUGCUCCAAGAACUCACUCAACAUCAGAGACUUCAUACUGGUGAAAAACCUUACGAAUGUAAGGAAUGUGGAAAGGCCUUCAGAGUACAUCAGCAACUGGCCCGGCAUCAGAGAAUUCACACUGGUGAGAAACCCUAUGAAUGUAAGGAAUGUGGGAAGACCUUCAGACAGUGUACACACCUCACUAGACAUCAGAGACUUCACACUGCCGAGAAGCUCUAUGAAUGCAAGGAAUGUGGGAAAGCCUUUGUAUGUGGCCCAGACCUUAGAGUACAUCAGAAAAUUCAUUUUGGUGAAAAACCCUAUGCAUGUAAGGACUGUGGGAAGGCCUUUAGAAUAUGCCAACAACUUACUGUUCAUCAGAGUAUUCAUACUGGUGAGAAACCCUAUGAAUGUAAGGAAUGUGGAAAGACUUUCAGAUUAAGGCAGCAACUUGUUCGCCAUCAGAGAAUUCAUACUCGUGAGAAACCCUAUGAAUGUAUGGAAUGUUGGAAGACCUUUAGUAGUUACUCCCAACUUAUUUCACAUCAGAGCAUUCAUAUUGGUGAGAGACCCUAUGAAUGUGAGGAAUGUGGGAAGGCUUUCAGACUGCUGUCCCAACUCACCCAACAUCAGAGUAUUCAUACUGGUGAGAAGCCCUAUGAAUGUAAGGAAUGCAGAAAGCCUUUUAGACUGCUCUCACAACUUACUCAGCAUCAGAGUAUUCACACUGGAGAGAAACCUUAUGAAUGUAAGGAUUGUGGUAAGGCGUUCAGACUUUAUUCAUUUCUUACUCAACACCAGAGAAUUCACACUGGGGAGAAGCCUUACAAAUGUAAGGAAUGUAAGAAGGCCUUCAGACAACAUUCACACCUUACUCAACAUCAGAAGAUUCAUAAUGGAAUYUAAUACAAGAAAGCUUUCAAAUGUGCAUUUUGUUACAAAACACCAGUAAAUCCAUUUUUGAGAAAAUACACUUACAACUAAAUGUAAGAAAUUUUCUAUUAGGGAAGGAAUGUGUUGCUUUGAGCCUUCCAUCACCCUUCAAACAUUGUUUAUCUUCAGCAAAUUCCUUUGAGAGAAUAAUUUAAUGAAUGUAGGAAAAUGUUUAGCUUUAUCUGUCAUCUCCAUUUUGCCACUUUACUACCAUUGUGAUAUUGAAAAAGAUACUAAACUUUUGUGCUCAUUUUUAAAAUUAUGAUAGUAGUACUUAUUUAUUGCUGUGUGAUAAAUGACUAGAAAACAUAGUAGCUUAAAAUAAUAUACAUAGGUUAUUUCACAGUUUCUAUGGAUCAGGAAUCCAGGCAUGACUUAGUUGAGUCCUUGUAGUUACAAGGUUACAAAGUUUCAGCCAAGACUAAGGAUCCAUAUCCAAGCUAACAAUGCUUGAAUUCAUUUUCUUGAGGGCUCUUGAUGGAGAGCCUCAGUUUCUAGUUGACUACUGGCUGAAGCUGACKGCAAUUCCUUGCUAGAGCCACCUCUUCACAUGACUACUUCAUCAAAGUGUGCAAGCCAAGAAGGCACCUACUAGCAAGAGGGAAGUCUGUUAGCAAUAUAGACAUGAUGCAUCUUGUGUUAUCUAAUUGUGGCAGUUACAUCUUAUCACCUUUGCUACCUUUUACUGAUAGAAGUAAAUUACUAGACCAGCCCACACUCAAGAAAAGGGGAUUACUUGAGAGUGAAUUCCAGGAGACAGGGACCAUUGGGAGCCAAUUAAGAGUCAGCCAGUCACACUGUGUAAUAUAAUCAUUGUAAGGAUUAAGUAGUUAAUACUUAGAAGAGUAGCCAGUCACAUAGCAUGUAUUCUGUAAAUACUGUCUAUAAUUGAUAUUAACAUCAUUAGUAUUAGUGAAUUCUUAUGGAAGAUUCUAUAGGAGUAAUAAGUAUAGAAAUGCCUCCUGUUACAUCUCUGCACUUAAUAAAGUGAAAAUAAUUUAUUCUAGUAAAAUCUAGAUUAUAGUGAAUAUCAGAAGUUCUUCGUCACUUGAUCUGCAUCAGAAAUUUCAUGCUGAAAAGAACUGUAUGAAUUUAUCAGAAUCUUUUCUGAGCCUUUAAAAAAGCAAAUGGCUUAGAAUCCUUGUUGUCUGACCAGAAUUCAAGAUAUAUCACAAACUCUCAAAAAAGAUGGCAUAGAAGAAACUAACCAGUUGGGAAUUUAAAUGUAUGUGUAUGUGUGUGUAUGUAAAACUUAUAUAUAAAAGAAAAUACUAUUAUAGUCAGUAUGCUUUUUGAUGCUUAAAUUGCCCCAUCUUCAACUAGUUUUUCAAAUUGGAUGUUUUGCCAGGUGUGGUGGUGCAUGCCUAUAAUCUCAACAACUUCAGAGGCUGAGGCAGGAGGAUCAUAAGUUUGAGGCCAGCCUCAGCAACACAAAUUAGGCAUUUUGAGGUAGCCCCACAAAUAGUAGUUUGAUAGUUUAUGACUUGGUUGUGAUUAUAUGGUUUGUCAGCUGUGCAAGAUGCUAUGACAUGAUCAUCAUUCUUAAAAUCAUUAAAUUGUGAACCAAAUUUCAGCAUCACCAAAAAUUCAUCAAAUUCAAGUGGGUAUUGUUUUAACUUAAAAAGUCUAAUCAUUAAUUCAAAAAGAAUGAUAGGAUUAGAAAAACCAUCAUUGUCUAGACUCUAAUGGAAUAAUGGGACCUGAAAACAGUGUUCCAUGGAUAAAAAGACUUUUAGUUGAAAAACUUUAUAGUGGAUUUAUCAUACUGACCACUUCUGAAUCCUUUGACCAAUUUUAGCCUUAGUCAAAAUGGGACUGUCACACAAUGUCCACCUCCUGGUGAAAUCCAAUAGGAAGUACACACUACCACCUGUGAGGCCUUCUUGCCAAAACAGUGAACUGAAGGAAUCAUACUUUUGAAUCAAACUGUUUAAACCAAGAUUUGGGGAAAGAUUGAAUAAAAUCAGUGUCACCACGAGGAAGUCACCAAUGAGAUCCAGAAUGUGUAAAAUUCUACAGAAUAAAUGUCCUGAUUUUGUCCACUAACGAGAGGCAUGAAAAACAAAGAGGAGCAACCCUUACUAAUAGAGUAGGAUUAAGAGUCACAUCACUAAAUUCAAUGUGUGGGAAUUGCUUGGAUCUGGUUUGAACAACAUGUUAAAAAAGGUUUUGAAGACAGUGGAGGAAUCAUGGACGUGGACUGAAUGUUACAUAUAUUUAGAAAUAUUAACUUUGUUAGGGAUGAUAAUAUCAAUGUGGUUACUAAUAAAAUAUCCUGUGUGUUAGACAUAUUUACAUAUUUCUGAUAAUGUAAGAUACAUAGAUUUACAUUGAAAUAUUCCAGCAAAAGAAAGAAUGGCAAAAUGUUGGUAAUCAUUGAAGUGCAGCGAUUUGU